AUGGCGUUAAGAGAGGGCAAGAAAUUUUGUCGCUCUCGUGAUAUGGAAAUGGAAGCGAAGAGACAACUGGUCAACCUUCGCACUCAGAAGCGCCUGGCCGCCUCCGUGGUCGGCUGCGGUCAACGCAAGAUCUGGCUUGACCCCAGCGAGGUCAACGAGAUCUCUACCGCCAACUCUCGCCAGACCAUCCGCAAACUCAUCAGCGAUGGACUCAUCAUCCGCAAGCCCGUCACCAUGCACUCGCGCUCCCGUGCCCGUGAGCUCGCAGAGGCCCGACGAAACGGUCGACACAGAGGUUUCGGUAAGAGGAAGGGUACCAAGGACGCCAGAAUGCCAAGCCAAGUUUUGUGGAUGCGCCGCCUAAGAGUCCUUCGACGACUACUUGCUAAAUACCGUGCUGCCGGAAAGAUUGACAAGCACCUUUAUCACGAGCUGUACCACUUGAGCAAGGGUAACACCUUCAAGCACAAGCGUGCCCUCGUUGAACAUAUCCACAAGGCCAAGGCCGAGAAACAACGUGAACGUGCCCUCAAGGAGGAGAUGGAUGCCAAACGUGCUAAGACUAAGGCUGCCCGUGAGAGACGACAAGAGCGUAUUUCCGCCAAGCGGAAUGCUCUUCUUGGUGAAGAUGAGGAGGAGGCAUAA